AUCACCGGAAGGUGUGAAUAAUAAGCUUUUCUCUCCAUUCUUCAUUCAUUUCAUUAAAAAAAAUACAAUUAACGUAUAUACCAAUGUUGAGUGUCUCCCGAUCCCUCAAGUCGAAAUCCUUGAUCGCCCUCGGCGCUAGCAUUGGGCUGUUAGCCAGUACUAGCAAGGCAGUUGUGUAUGCUGAGGGCAAGGAACGUAGACAAAAGCUUCCUAUCUAUGAUGAUCCUGAGCCUGAAAUGGUUGUGAAGGAGGAGCCCACUCGUUUGGAUGAAGCCAUUCGUGCAGCACGCAAUGAGACAGAUCGCCAGCUCUUGGGUAUGAAGUAUCAUCUUCAGAUGGUCACUAAUAAAGUCGUUGACAUGGAGAAGGAGGCUGAGAGCAACAUCAAAUCGGUUCUUGUCAAGGAAGAAGAAGUCAUGCCUGCUGCUAUCUAUGUUGUUGUUGCUGGAUUUGCUGGCUCAAUAUUUGCUAGACGCCGCAAUAUUGUGCUUCGUUUCUUGAGUCCUGUUGCUUUCUCUGCCUUGGCAUUUGGAUACUUCUUUCCCGCAUCUUCUAAUCGUCUUAUUGCCCGUGCAAGUCAAUCUGAUUUUUCAAAGUAUAUGCCCGUAGAGGUUCAGAAGCAGUUCCGUGAACUUUCGGGACAGAUUAGCAAUGCGAAUACAGACAUCAGCAGUGGAAGCAGCAAAUUGAUGCAUGACACAGAGCAGAAAGUGAGCAAGGCUGUGGAAGAAGUUCGCAAGUUGGUGGAGAAGGAUGAUGAAUCUGUGGUGGACAAGGUCCAAGAUGCGAUCCAGGACACCAUUGCAGUUGCUAAAGAGACUGUUGAAGACGUGAAGGAAAAGGUAGCAGAAGUAAAGAAGGCAUUUGUGGAGGAGAUGGAGAGCCGAAAGGACAUGGCUGAGAAGGCUAAAGAACAAAAUGAUAUUGAGGAGAGAAUGGCCAAGAUUCGUGCUGAGGAUUCAAUGAAGCGAGUGUAA